AUGGCCAAGCGUGUCUGCAUCGUCGGCGCCGGGCCCUCCGGCCUCGUCGCCGCAAAGACCCUCCUCCACAAUGCCCCCGCCGGCGCCUUCACCGUAACCAUCUAUGAUGCCCAGCGCCGCAUCGGCGGCCUUUGGCCCACCCGUGCCACCGACACCGAUGGCCUCGUCCACCCACUCAUGGUUGCGAACCAGAGCCGUCACACGGUGCAGUUCAGCGACCUCGCCUGGUCGCCCGAGGACCCCGAGUUCCCGCGCGCCUGGAUGAUCGGGCAGUACCUCGAGCGGUACCUCGAUCGCUACGGGCGCGGCAUGGAGGUGAAGCUGGGCCACCGCGUCGUAAAGACGGACCUAAAAGACGACGAGACGUGGAGCAUCACGGUUGAGUCGGAGGGCGGCGAGGAGACGAGCGUCUUCGACUAUCUGCUCGUCUCGUCUGGCUUCUUUGGCAAGCCCAUCAUGCCGGAUGUCGUAUCCGGAGAGACGCCCGUCCCGGUGAUUCACAGCAGCAAGUACCGCGAUCUGAAGCGACUAUUCCCCAAUGGCGUGCAGGACGGCGGCAAGAUCCUGGUCGUCGGGGGACAAAUGUCGGGCGUCGAGAUUUCAGGAACCAUCGCGACGCACAUCUCCGCCGCCGUCAACGCGCCGGACCCAAGCCCGUUCCCCGACGCGGCCAAACUCAACGUCGAGCAUCUCACCCAGCGUCCUACAUGGCCCGGCUCAACCGCAGCCCCUUUCCUCCCCUUAGACUUCCCUUCAUACAACCUCAACAACCGCCCCGCCCCCAUCAGCAACAGCCAGGGUCACAUCACCCCCGACGCCGCGAAGCUGACCCACGGGGUGUACACGACCGCCCUCGGCCAGGACCAAUCCGAAUUCUCCCCCGCUGUCGCCGUCACCCCGGACCACCACGCCGAACCAGCCUACCUCGCCGUCAGCGAGAACUACAUGGAAUUCGUCCGCGCUGGGCUCAUUACCGUUUCCAAGGGCAAGCUCCACUCCAUCACGGGCACCACGGCAACCCUCGCAGGCCCUUCCUCUUCCAAGAUUGAAAACGUCGCCGCCAUCGUCCUGGCCACCGGCUUCGACCCUUCCCCAUGCAUCUCCUUCCUCCCGCCCAAGGUCCUCGAGACCCUAAAGCACUCUCCACAACACUCCAACCUCCCUCUCGCCCUCGCCUUCCACGGGACCCACGUCAAGGACUUGCCUUCUCUCGGUUUCGUUGGCUUCUACAGGUCUCCCUAUUGGGGUGUCAUGGAGAUGCAGGCCCGCUUCUUCGCCGCCCUCUGGACGCCGCCCUCCCUCGCCCCCCGGCCUCCGAAGCUCUCCGAAGCGCUCCUCGACGACGCGUCAGACUGGCGCACUGUAUCCCUCCGUGAUGACCCACGGACCUCGCAGUUCCCGAUGGGCGAUUACCCCUAUCUCAUGCAGGAGUUCUCUUCCGCCCUCAACAUCCCCAUCGCCGCGCCCCCCGAGCCCCCGACCCCCGUCCUUCCGCACAACGGCAAACCCAUGGAUAUCCUCACGCCGGCGCGCUACAUCUCCCCCUUGGCCGAUGAGGCGGCCAAGGCAGAAGCUGCAAAGUCCCUCCAGCAAACCCAAUCCACCGCCGUCGCAGGCCUGACGACGAGCCGCUUCGUCUCCAAGGCCGUCUUCCGCAGCCUCCUGGGCACCUGGAACCUCGAACGGGACCUGACCAGCAGACUCCCCAGCCACCCAAGCGGCCACUUCAGCGGCACGGCCCAGUUCCUCCUCCGCGACAAGACCGCCGACGGGCUCAAGUGCGCCUCGGGCCCCCUCGCAGCGGAUGAGCCCUCGGACGACGACGACGGCCUGGCAGCGGAAUACCUCUACGUCGAGGACGGCGAGUUCCGCGCCGACAACGGGCUGGUCUUCAGGGCCACGCGUCGCUACGUCUGGCGAUACGACGAGAAAAAGGACAUGGUAAGCGUCUGGUUCGCCAAGACGGACGAUGCCAAGCGGGCGGACUACCUCUUCCACGAAAUCGAGUUCCUCCCGCCCCCCGACGGGGACCAGAAGCCGUGGCAGGCAAAGGCCGGCCACCUCUGCAUCGACGACUUCUACGACGUCAAGUACGAUUUCGCUUUCAAAGCUGUCAAUCUCAAAGAGUGGAAUCUUCGAUACACGGUGAAUGGUCCAAAGAAGGAUUACACGAUACACGGGGUGUAUAGACGUUAA